CCGUAAAGCUGCCGCGCGGCGCGCUGCUCAAUCACCAUUUGAUGAUUUUUGAAACAGCCUACCUCACCUGUCAAUACUUGUAAUGCUUUUGUAUUGACUGCUUUUAGCAACACAAUGAGCAGGUCAGCUCAUAGACCUAGUGCCAUGAGCACUAAAGGAAUCAGUGCCCGGACCAGCUGUUUGAAUCAAUUGUUUGUCGGUAAGACAAGCACGACAGGAUGGAGAACACACAUUGCGCGUGAGGGGCUGCUUGAUGCACUGCUUGUAUUGUAUGAAGAAUGCCGCAAUGAACAGUUGAUGAAAGACAAACACAUUGCUUCAUUUGUGGACAAGUAUAAGUCCACUAUUAAUGAAGUGAAAAACUUGAGAAUUGAUAUCAAUGACUUUGAAGUCAAGAAGGUGAUUGGUAGGGGUCACUUUGGUGAAGUUCAACUAGUUCGAGAGAGGAUAUCAGGGGAUGUUUAUGCAAUGAAGACCCUCCGCAAAGAUGACACACUAUCAAAGGAAAAUAUUGCUUUCUUUGAAGAAGAGCGUGAUAUCAUGGCACGUGCCAGCAAUGAAUGGUUGACACACUUGCAGUAUGCCUUUCAAGAUGGCACUAACCUGUACCUAGUCAUGGAGUUCCAUCCAGGAGGGGACAUGCUGUCUCUACUCAGUCGUUUUGAUGAUGUGUUUGAGGAGAAUAUGGCACAGUUUUAUCUGGCUGAAAUGGUGGCUGCCAUCCAUAGUUUGCACACAAUGGGAUAUGUGCACAGAGAUAUAAAGCCAGAUAAUGUUCUCCUGGAUAGAACUGGUCACAUCAAACUUGCAGAUUUUGGAUCUGCAGCCAAGUUGUCAUCUGAAAACAAGGUCUGUGCCAAGAUGCCAGUGGGUACUCCGGACUAUGUUGCCCCAGAGGUGUUGAUGAGUAUGAACAGUAGAAAGGAAGGGACGUACGGCCUAGAAUGUGACUGGUGGUCCUUGGGCAUUGUAGCCUUUGAAAUGCUAUAUGGAAAAACACCAUUCACAGAGGAUUCAAUAGUGAUCACUUACAGCAAUAUCAUGGACUUCAAGAACAAGUUGAAGUUUCCUUCCGAGCCAGAAGUCAGUCAUCAUGCCAAGAAUUUGAUGCAGAAUCUCCUGAGUGACAAGUUAAGCAGGCUUGGCUAUGAAGGCCUGGGAUGUCAUCCGUUCUUCAGUAGCAUCGAGUGGGCAACACUGAGACAAAGUGUGCCACCCUUUGUGCCGACUGUAACUAGUGUUGAUGACACGUCCAACUUUGAUGAAUUUGACAUUGAACCUCCGCAGUCGCGUUCUAAUUUCGACACCACCAAACAUGGCUUUUCAGGCCGUGAUUUGCCAUUUAUUGGUUUCACCUACACCAAGGAACUGGUUAACGUCAGUGCUGUGGAAAAUCUCAGAAACAGUGCCAACCAGGAAUGUGCAUCACCAAUGACAAAGAGCAACUUGGAACGGCGUCUUGCAGCAAAGACACAAGAGCUGCAAGAUAUUCACAGUAAAUACCACCAUACUGAGAGUUCGCAGGCUGCCUUGACCAAACAGGUAGCAGAGCUUCAAGGAGCAGUCAGAGAUAAGACAACAUCUUUGAAAGCAGCACAAGCAGAGAAGACGGCUCUAGAGAAGGAUCUGGCCCUCUCUGUCGCAGAGAUUUCUAAUCUGAAGAGGAUGUUGGAGAUGGAGAGAAGCCAAAUCAAGGCAUCUGAUACCAAAGCUGUACAGCUCCUUGGUCACAUCAGAGAGGCUAACAAGAAGACAACGCAGAUGAAAGAUGAAGAAUUCAGAGCCGAGUUGGAGGAGCACCAGCAGGCAAUGGCCCAGUUGGAGUUGGACCGCUACAUGGCCACUCAGAGAGCUAGCAAAAUGGAAGCUGAUCUCAAGACUACUACAAAGGCAUGUGAGGAAGCUAAAGCCAAAGUGAUUGAGCUCCAAGCUAAACUGGCUAAGAGUAAGGAGGCAUCAAGACAACAGGUUAAAGAACUGCAGGCCAAACUUGAUGAGAUCUCUACUGCUAGCAGUAGUGAAACAGCCCAGCUACGUAAGAAGCUGUCCAAAGCAGUGGAAUCCAGCAAGGAGGCAACAGAGCUCCUGGUCAACCUACGUCAAGAGAAAAAUCGCCUGGAAGAGGAGCGAAGGAGGAGUAGAAUGCAGAGGGAAUGCUGUCAGGAUAUGAGGAACAAGAUGCAAGAGGCUCUGGACUGCCAAACCUCUCUAGAGCAUCGGCUUCAGACUGUAGAGCAGCGUGAAGCUAGGCUGAUUGAGGAAGUACAGACAAAGCAUGGUCUACAUCAGGAUCUCACUAAACAGAUCAUAGAGUUGGAAGAAAAGUAUGAGGCUGCAUAUGAGGAAAGAAAGCGGCUUGAAAGGAGUCUACACAAGAAGGAAACUGAGAUGGAACAGAGAGUGAAGGAUCUGCAGCAGCAAUUAGCCAUUGCUAAGAGGGAGCAGCAGGCUGUCGUGGAGAGACGAAUGGCUGGUGCCUCAGAGGAACAGCAGGUUAAGAUACAGGAACAACAGGCAACCAUCACCAUGCUACAAAGCAAGGUCGGUGUGCUUGAAAGGCAAAUCGAGGAGAUGAUAGAAACCAAACACGACAAACUACAACAAGAAAGGAAAGAACUCAAACGUGUCGGGGAGGAGAAAGUUGCCGAUCUCCAACAGGAGAAAUACUACCUUGAGACACAACUUGGCAAGGUAGAAUGUGAGCUGAAGAGAGCCACCAUCGGCCAGGAAAGCUUCCAAAAGAGGAUCAGUGAGCUACAAGGACACCUUGACCAGAAUGCUAAAUAUCAUGAGCAAGAGAUGCAGGAGUUACGUCAGCAGCUCAGAGAUGCCCACGCUAUCACCAGGGAUGCCAACCAGAAUAUUCAGCAACUAGAGGAUGCUAAGGCUAUGCUGCAAGACAAAGCCAGCAAGCUACAUGCAAAACUAGACUCCUACAAGAAGGAGGCAGAACAGCAACUACAUCAAAUACAGGAAGAGAAACAAGAGAUUGAAGAUAAGUUUGAAACCCUGAAGAGCAGCUGUACCGUGAUCACAGAACUUGAAGAGCAGCUGACGGAGACAUCAGAACGUUGCCAAGAACUCAUGCUACAGAAUAAUGAGAUGGAGAAGGAGAUUGAAGGACUGAGAGAGCAGAAUGAAAAACUGGAGCUGAACGGAGAGGAGACUGACGAGGAACUCAGAGAGAAACGAAGGACAUGCGCUAAUCAGGAACUGACCAUCUCGAUGCUGAAGUCAUCUUGCAUGAUGCUGGAGGAGCAGAUUGUAGACAUGGAAGCCCUGAGUGCUAGGCUGGAAGACAAGGAGAUGACACUUAGAGAGGAGAAGGAGAAUCUGGAGGAGGAACUGAAUCAGAAGAUGAUGGAGCUUCAGAAAACUGGCCAGGCACUGGACACUGAGAAGCAAGCUAGAGAGUGGUCUGAAGAGAAAUUGAAGGAGGCAAACAGCGCCUUGCAAGAAAAGGAGAGGACACACAAGGCUCAGAUUGAGAUGUGGCAAGCACAUGUAGACGAACAUAAAGAGAAGGCAGGCAAGAUGGCAGAGAGUGUGUCUGAGCUGACAAGCCAGUUGCAGAAGAAUAAGAUGACAACAUUUAAGCUGACUCAAGGCCUAGAGGAAGCUAUCGAGAAAGGUGAACAGUUGAAGGCAGAGGGACAGGACCUUGAGAAUCAGAUGGAAAGCAUGCAGGUGCAACAUACCCAUGAGAAGGUGAAACUAGAGGGUACCUUAGCACAGCAGACCAAGUUGAUUGACUUCCUUCAAGCAAAAGUUGAAGCCCCGCCCAAAAAGAAGAAGAAGAGAUUGUUUGGCAAAUCAACGAAAGAGAGUAACAUGUCGAGCAUCCCCAUGCAGUACAAGGAGCUACAGCAGGCUUUGGAGAUGGAAAGAAGCAGGAAACAAGACCUUCAGCAGCAACUGACAAAGACCAAGGCAGAGUUACAAGUAGCAAAGAUGGAAGCUGGUACCAAACCUCAUUCAGACCUCAAGACUCCUAAGCCCUGCCAUCAAGCCAAUCCCCACCUGCUAUCAGCCAUUGUCCUGUCUCCAACCAACCAGCCAAGUCCUAGCCUCUUCACUCCGGUCCCCAAUGCCAGGGCUAGCUCUAAGCGCAAGACAGCCCAGAGUGGCAAGGAGGCAAAACGCUUGAAGGAACGCAUGAAGCACAACAUACCCCAUCGCCUGGUGACUGGACUGAAUGCACGCGCCACCAAGUGUGCUGUCUGCGUCGACACUGUGCACUUCGGACGGCAGUGUGCCAAAUGCCAGGAGUGUCACCAGGUUUGUCACCCCAAGUGUGCUCCAUCUUUGCCCCACACUUGUGGCCUUCCGUCGCAGUAUGUACAGCAUUUCAGUCAGGCCAUGCAUUGCAAGACAGCUUCCCCCAAAGUGGGACCCAUUGAAGGAGAGAGUGGCUCAGUCACCCUGCAGAGUUGGAUGAAGAUACCCAAGAUUGGUAAAUCUGGUUGGGAUAAGAAGUGGGUUGUUCUAGAGGGAACCAAGCUAUGCAUCUAUGACAAGGAGAACACCAGUGGUACCUGUCAGCCAGUUGAUGAGUUUGAACUGUGCCCAUCUGAUGGAAGGGUGACAGUCCAUGCCGGGGUGACAGCAGUAGAGCUGAGAAACACCGCCUCCACAGAUCUGACCUAUGUCCUCCGCAUAGAGUAUCACCCCCAUACCACCUGCUGGCCCGGCCGUAGUCUCUUCCUCAUGGCACCCAGCUUCUCUGACAAACAGAAGUGGCUGAUGACCCUGGAGUUUGUCAUGAGUGAAGGUGCCGUGGGGGUCAAGGUGGCCAGAGAUAAUGCACGUCUCCUGGGCAAUACCCUGCUGAGUUUGGAGGCGGAAAAUAAGGUGGACAUCAACUGCACCCUGCUACUUAGUCACGAGUUAAUGCUGAUUGGCUGUGAAGACGGACUCUUUGCCAUGGCAAUCACUGCAUCCCCUCAACCUCUAUCUCAGUUGAGUGGCAUAGAGAGUGUCUUCCAGAUGAAGGCAAUAGCUCCUCUUGGUAUUGCCAUCAUGACUGUUGGCCCUGAGCGUAGGCUGUGCUUUGCAGAUCUCACUCACUUGAAGACCAUGGCUAGCCAGGCUAGUGUGACAGAGGCCGUUAUCAACUACACACCAAUUGAAAAUCUUCAGGCCUGCCACCUCUUUGCAUAUGGAGUAGUCAAUGGAUCCCCAUACAUAUGCGCGGCUACACCUAAGAAGAUCAGCAUUCUCAAAUAUAGCAAGUUGAAUGGAGUCGCCAAGUUCUCUACCCGCAAGGAGAUCAACACAUCAGAACCAUGCAGUUGUUUGUCAUUCACACCAAACAGCCUGCUUGCUGGAACUGAUCGCUUCUAUCAGAUUGACCUAGACAGCUAUCAAGUCGACGAGUUCCUGGAUUCCACUGACACAUCCUUGGCAUUUGCCGUCUUUGGAGCAAGUCAAGUCAACAGUUUCCCAAUUGCGGUGGUGCAGGUUGCCCCUGAUGGCUUUGAAAGAGAGUAUCUGCUCUGUUUCCAUGAAUUUGGUGUGUUUGUUGAUGGCAAGGGGCGGCGUACUCGACCUGAAGAUAUGAAGUGGUCUCGCCUACCAUUAGCUUUCAUGUUCAGAGGACCUUACCUCUAUGUGACCCACUUCAACUCCAUGGAGGUUUGUGAGAUCAAACCACUGGUGGAUAAGGACAGCGCUGGAAUUCACACCUUCCUAGAUCUCCCCAGUCCUCGUCUGGUUGGCUGGGGUAUCACUCAAGGCACCUGCUAUGUCACAUCAACCACUGAUAGCAGGCUAGACCUGAUAUGUCUGAAGGGACAUACAGCCCAGGCUAAACCACAGGAUUCUGAUGGGUAUGAGGAGCCUAGAAGGUCCCACAGAUUACAGAGGGGAUCCAGUGGUAGCACAGCCAGCAGCUGUUCAUUUAAGCGGCCUUUGUCAGAGGACUCAACCAAUCAGCGUCCAGCUAAGCUUCCACGUAGCUCCUCUGCCAAUCAGAGCUCCAGUAUGCUGAGCUCGUCUUCUUGCUCCAGCUCUGCCUCUUCAUUGGCUGGCAACCUGCGACGAUCCCCACGCUUUAGGAACAUGUCUUCCUCAGAUGAAGAGUCUACUACCAGCUGUAGCUCACUGCAGAAAAUGUUCACACCCAGCAAGCAAAGCAGGUUUACAGCUGUGUGAUGGACUGACUAGGAUGAAAGCAUGAUGUACCAAACAUCACAGGUUUCACUAGCAUCCAUCAUAGGGGAUAUAUGAAGGUGUACCAGUUGUUUAUGAGUACAAACAACCUGUGCUGUACAGAAGAGGUAUUCUACAUUUAAAUUGCAUAUGCAUAUCUUUGGUCCCUGACCAUGCUCAGCAAUUAUGUAAAUCCUCAGCUUGACUUCCAUAUUUUGACCAAUCAGUAUCCAUGUAUUACAGGCCUUCGUCAGAAAACUUCAUGGCAAGUAUAGGGAAAAGUGUUUUAAUAGAUCACAUUGUAUGGUCAUGUGACACCUACUAACCAAUCAACAGCUUUUGUAAAUUUCUGCUCAAAAUGGCAUUGCCCAAAACUUUGAAUGUUAUCAGAUACUGUUUAAGAGUGGUCACAUGCUCCAUUGAACAACAAUUGACAGCCUUACUGACUUACUGUAAGUAAGUUACUGAUGUAAAUAUUAAAAUGGCCAAUAUACCCGUGAUUGCACUGCUGCCUAACACAGUCAGAGAUAACUUACAGGCACUAUAUCAUGCAUACAUUAUGUCGCUAUACAUACAGAUAUUGCAUUGCUUGUGGAAAGGAAAUGAGAUGCAUUUAAUGGCAAAAAUCUGUGGAAAUUGACAAUUUGAAGUGGAUUUCACGAGAACCACACUUUGUAUAUGUAUGUAUUUGAUAACCAUAGGUUUGCCCUGUACUAGCACUUUGAUUCCUAUUCAGUAGAUUGCAUAGUAGCGCCACUAUAGUAAGGCAGUGUUAUUUCCAUGCGAUUGCUUUUACAUGAUGUACCAGUAAUGUGAGAGCUAUUUUGAUUUUUAAAAACAUUUUACUUGCAUUCUGAAAACAACUUGAGUUUUGCUUUAUAAUUUUAGUGUUUCUUUUACUUGACUGCGCUUGUGUGAACAUGCAUGAAUGGUACCAUAUGCUCAGAAAACCUGGCACGAAAAAGUCCAAGUACUUCUUCCGUGCUAGAAUGGGUUCAAUAUUUGCAUUAGAAGAGCACAAUCCCCUCCUAUCGUAGCAGUUGUAUAUGUAUUGAUAUAAAUAAUGCAAUUAUUAAAUGGCACUCAAUGAUUAAACUAAGAUAUGCAUUUUCAAUAAGAUUAUUUGACGUGACAUCUUCAAAACUAGUCUAGUAGAUUCCAAACCAAAAUGCCCUUUGACCUGGGCAGUAAAAGCUGUGGGUUUUUUGGUUUGUUCUUUUUUUUAAAUGAUUAUUAUUGUUUUUUUUAACUGGUAAAAGUGUUUGAAUGCUUUCUUCCUGGUGAGUGUGUUCAGAGAAAUCAAUAUAUGGGAAAGUGCUUAGAAGAUAACUUUGAAAUGCUGGUUUUGAAUGCAAUUUUAUUUCUUUACAGUUUGAUAAAAGCCAAGGUUCAGACCAUUGUUGGUAACCGCCUUUUCAAGUUUAAACCACACACUUGGAAUGGUUUCAACACACUAUUACCCCUUCAGGUUUGAGAAAAUAAGGUCUUGCAAAAUACCACCAUAUAAAUUGUAAAAAUGUUAUUUGAAGCUCACUCUCCACUUUGUCAAGAAUUCAAUCCUUAUUACAGUGUGAGCUUGCUGUGGAAAAAGUAUUAUUUUUGUAAUAUGCAUAUGGCCAAUGGAACAUCACUCAAUCAAACUUCUUUUCUUUUACCAAAUGGAACAUUAAAAACCACUCAAGGAACUUCUA